AUGUCCGAGGUGCUGCCGUACAACGAGGGGAAAAUGAGCGGCUACGGGGCGGACAGCGAGGUCAGCCAGAUGCCCUUUAGCUGCGGACUGCAGGACACAAGCGCCUUUUUCGCCGCGUCGCAGGCGAAAAGACCCCCAAAGCUCGGACAGAUCGGCAGAGCCAAGCGAGUGGUCAUCGAGGACGACCGAAUAGACGAGGUCCUGAAGGGCAUGACAGACAAGUCCUCACCCGGCGUGUAAACGUGAACGAUGCCUUUGCAGACUUUUUUAAUUUCGAUCACCGAUUUGAAGCACUUGUCGGCUGUGCAUGUUCGAGGAUUGCGGUGAGGAAACGGCGGCAGGGAGCGAGGA